AUGAGCUAUGCGAAUGUUAUGCGCAUCGUUCGCCCUAGGAAACUGUGCGUUCUAAUCAACAUUGGGACGCGUCGAAUGCAGUUAAUGCAAAUGAAUAGCCUGCAUUCACAACAAAUAUUCUGUAGGUUAGCAAGCGGUAUAGCUUAGUGAUCACCUCCGGUCGUUUGUAGCGGGGUCACAAUCUCCAAUAUCUUUUGUCAGAUAGUUAUAAACCAUUUGAAGGUGGGCUGGGCAGCUAGCCAUCAUUGACUCUGGAGCAGGACCCGGAGGAUAGUAUGGCCAUGACGGGAGGGACGGCAGCUACCCUUCCCAUGAGCAACCACACCCGAGAGAGGGUAACUGUGGCCAAGCUGACACUUGAGAACUUCUAUAGCACUCUGUUAACCCAACAUGAGGAACGUGAGAUGAGGCAGAAAAAGCUUGAAAAGGUAAUGGAUGAAGAGGGAUUGCCAGACGAAGAGAAAGUGAUGCGUCGCUCUCAACAUGCCCGUAAGGAGACUGAGUUCCUUCGGUUGAAGAGGACCCGACUGGGCCUUGAUGACUUUGAGUCUCUUAAAGUCAUUGGGAGAGGUGCCUUUGGAGAAGUCCGCUUGGUACAGAAAAAAGACACAGGACAUAUCUACGCUAUGAAAAUUUUGAGAAAAGCAGAUAUGUUGGAGAAGGAGCAGGUGGCUCACAUUCGUGCAGAGAGGGACAUCUUGGUAGAGGCAGAUGGAGCAUGGGUAGUGAAGAUGUUUUACAGCUUUCAGGACAAGAGGAACCUCUACCUAAUCAUGGAAUUCCUACCCGGAGGUGAUAUGAUGACAUUGCUGAUGAAGAAAGACACCCUGUCUGAGGAGGCUACCCAGUUCUACAUUGCAGAGACUGUUUUGGCCAUCGAUUCAAUCCACCAGCUGGGCUUUAUCCAUCGAGACAUCAAACCUGACAACCUGCUCCUGGACUCUCGGGGACAUGUAAAGCUGUCAGAUUUUGGCCUGUGCACAGGACUGAAGAAGGCACACCGCACAGAGUUCUACAGGAACCUCACACAUAACCCACCAAGUGACUUCUCCUUCCAAAACAUGAACUCCAAGAGGAAAGCAGAGACAUGGAAGAAAAACCGGAGACAACUGGCUUACUCUACUGUAGGAACUCCAGACUACAUCGCCCCAGAGGUCUUCAUACAGACUGGAUACAAUAAACUGUGUGACUGGUGGUCCCUGGGAGUCAUUAUGUAUGAAAUGCUUAUAGGGUAUCCCCCGUUCUGCUCUGAGACACCACAAGAGACUUAUAGGAAGGUAAUGAACUGGAAGGAGACUCUUGUCUUCCCACCUGAGGUGCCCAUAUCAGAGAGGGCUAAGGAUUUGAUUCUCAGGUAUUGUAAUGAUGCUGAAAACCGAAUUGGUGCGAUGAGUGUUGAGGAGAUAAAAAGCCACGCAUUCUUUGAGCCGGUAGACUGGGAGCACAUCAGGGAAAGACCAGCGGCCAUCUCCAUUGAAAUCAAAAGCAUUGACGACACAUCAAACUUUGAUGACUUCCCAGAGUCAGACAUCCUUCAACCAGUUGCCAAUGUUACGGAGCCAGACUUCAAGUCCAAGGAUUGGGUGUUUCUGAACUAUACCUACAAGCGAUUUGAAGGGCUGACUCAACGAGGCACCAUUCCCACCUAUAUGAAUUCAGGAAAGGCUUGAAAUGGACAAUGGUAGACAGUUAGACACUUGAGACAUCUUUGGGAAGAAGGCUGUGACAAUGCCCUUUUGAUUAUUACGAAGGAUAGUUGACAAAUUUCACUCUGAUGCAGUCACAAUGCCAGAACUACAACAAUAUGAAUGACACAUCAACAAAAACAAACAGCAAUCACAAGAGUGGCAUAGUCAUAUCGUCUGAAUUGCAUAGACUGAUUUAUUCCUGGCUGUUUAUCUAGUGUUACUGACUUCAUUUUAGGGUUCUCACUUUGAGAGAGGAUGUGAUGAGAUGUGUGAUGGAUGUAGCAACAAGUGUAAGCCUAUAUAGAGAGGUAGAAUGCUUAGACCGUAAACUGCAGAGGCUUUAACGCUGAUAUAGCUUAGGUCAGGGGUCCCCAAACUACGGCCCGCGGGCUGAAUACGGUCCCCCAACGCAUUUGGACCGGCCCUCUGAACAAUGCCAGAAAAA